UAGCACGAUUCAGAUCGCAGGAAAUUGGCGCGCUAUUUCUGCGCAAGCUUUGACUCAAUACCCAUUCCCCUCCGCCGUUGCUCGGAGUUGCUUUCCCGGAGAAGAAGAAGAAGAAGAAGGCGGCCGGUUCCGCUCCGGCCGAGCGAAGCCGCAGAGAGAUUCCAUGGCGGAGGAGGAGAGCGAGAGCGCGUCGAGCGACGGCCCUCGUCCAUGGCAGUCUUACCACACCGUCUACACCAACGCCAAAGCCGGUAUGGAGGGGGUGGACAAGGAGAAGGUGCAGAGGGUGGUGUACGAGAUGAGCAAAGGGUCCAAGUAUUUCGAGAACGAGGAGCGGAAGGAGGCCUUCAUAAAGCAGAAGAUAGAGCGGAUGCGCGCUCGGAGCGCGAAGCUCACUGCUUCCGAGUUGGCUCACUAUCAGACGGUGGCUGACAAAAGAAUGCUAGAACUGGAAGCUACACGAGACCUUUCAAAGGUUUGGCUGCAUGUAGAUAUGGAUGCUUUUUAUGCAGCUGUGGAAACAUUAAGCGAUCCUUCUUUAAAAGGGAAACCGAUGGCGGUUGGUGGCAUGUCUAUGAUCUCAACUGCUAACUAUGAGGCAAGGCGAUAUGGAGUUCGUGCAGCAAUGCCUGGUUUUAUUGCACGUAAAUUAUGUCCAGAGUUAAUUUUGGUUCCGGUAGAUUUCAAAAAGUAUACUUAUUACAGUGGUCUAACCGAAAAAGUGUUCCAGAGGUAUGAUCCCAACUUUAUUGCUGGUAGUUUGGAUGAAGCUUACCUUGAUAUAACCGAGGUCUCCAAGGAAAGAGGUGUCUCUGGUGGAGAAGUUGCUGAAGAACUUAGAAAUACCGUGUUUGGGGAGACUGGCCUCACUUGUAGUGCUGGAGUUGCUGCAAACCGCUUGCUUGCCAAGGUUUGCUCUGAUAUAAACAAGCCAAAUGGACAGUUUGUCUUGCCUAAUGAACGGCUGGCUGUCAUGACAUUUAUCUCCUCACUUCCUAUCCGAAAGAUUGGAGGCAUUGGUAAGGUUACAGAACGUAUCUUAACAGAUGUAUUUGGUAUUAGUACCUGUGAGGAGAUGCUGCAAAAGGGAGGGUACCUUUGUGCUCUUUUUUCUCACUCCUCAGCUGACUUUUUUCUCUCCGUGGGGCUUGGUCUUGGGGGGACGGAUCCUCCACAAAUGAGGCUGCGAAAGAGUAUCAGUAAUGAGCGAACAUUUCAAGCCACAGACAAUGAGGCUUUGCUGUAUCAAAAGAUAGAUGAACUUGCAGAGAUGCUUUCUAGUGAUAUGCAAAAGGAAGGUCUUCAUGGCCGGACAUUAACUCUUAAGCUGAAAACUUCAUCUUUUGAGGUUCGAACCAGAGCUUUAACUCUACAGAAUUACAUAUCCUCACGGGAUGAUAUCUAUAAAUAUGCAUCGAAGCUUCUGAAGGCUGAACUUCCCAUAUCUUUAAGACUGAUAGGACUUAGGGUGUCUCAGUUUAAAGAAGAUAAGGUGGGUGCUCCAUCUGAUCCAACACAGAAAACUCUGCUGAGCUUCAUGUCAGCAGAUGCUUCUGGAAACUUUAACAAAGGACAGAGCUCAUUGGGAUCAGAAACUAGCAGUACUCUCUUCAUGAAUGACUUGGGAGUGGAUAUUUCUGUAGAGACUGAUGAGACGAUUGAAAGUGAAAGUGAGAAUCCAUUAGACCGAAAUGAUGCAUCUGAUCCAACAAGGAACUGCACUUGGAUUGAAUUUGCUGGCAAAACCGAGGGAAUGCAUGAGCAUAUAAAUGGCUCUACCAUGGACAAGGCAGAUGCUUGUACCAAGGACAGUGACCCAAAAUCUCGUCAACUCAAAAAAUCGAACAGAAUGGGACCGGAUUCUUUUUUACCUCACACAUCUGAGAUGAGCAGCUGCCUAAAUCAGGAGGAUAACAAUCAUUAUCGGCUCCAAGGUGAAACAUCAUCUCGACACGAAGAGCAGAUUCUGUGGAUGAAUGACUACAAGUGUUCACUUUGUGGGAUUGAAUUGCCGUCAUCUUUUGUGGAGGAAAGGCAAGAACAUGCAGACUUUCAUCUUGCAGAGAGACUUCAGAAAGAGGAAUCAGGCAUGGAUUCAAGAACAGUCAUCGCAGGGAAAAGGUCGGCACAGACACAGACUGGAAGCGGAAAAAAACACAAGCGCAAGUCGUUGCCUUCGGACGGACAUCUUCCGAUAAACGUGUUCUUUGGGAAGAUUAAUCAGAAACCCUAGAGAUCAUUCUUUGUGCAACUGAUUCUUUUCCAUGUAUAGUUUUCUUUGCUGAAGCUGAGAUCAAAUUAUUUGUAGAUAUGUUAGAUGUGUAUUAUACACCCCUAGGAUACAGUUGAGUGUUAGUUUAAGUUGUAUGGGCCAUCAUUGGCUUUUCCCCCCUCCACAAUGUUGUAUUAAAUACUGAUAUUGUCAAAUAAAAGAAUUACCUAAAUGGCAGUUCAGCCCAA